CCAAGGCCGGGGUAGAGGGGGCACGGAGACCUGCACAUUUCGGCCAAUCUGCGAUUUGCUGGCCAGAGCGCGACAGUCUUUGACAUUGACAAUGUCAGAUCAAGAGCAGCAGAUACUGCAAGCAGCGGCGAUAGGCAAGACUUUUGUGCAGCAAUACUACACUCUCGUCGAUGAGCAUCCUCGGCGGCCAGAUGUCAUCUCUGCGCUCUACAAAGACUCUGCGAGGAUAAGCUGGAACGGCAAUCCCAUCUUGGGACGCCAAGGCGCUGCCGCCCUGCUAUCGAGCAUGCCAUGGAGUUGGCACAAGGUACGACGACCAAGGCAGGCCAAGCUCAUUGAUCUGAGUGCUGCAGUGGUGGUACAGGUUCAGAGCUUCGACAGCCAGCCAGUCCUCGGCUCAGCUCUGCCAGGCCAGCCUUGUAGCGUACUCGUCUGCGUCUCCGGCAUCUGCUCUCAUUCGUCAGACACGCUCAAGGCGCCCAUGAUCGUCGACGACCGCUCAGAGCCCACCGUAGCUGAGUUCAAAGCGAGGGAGAACGAGUCCGAGCUACUACCACGCGUGUUCAGCGCGACUUUCAUGCUCGUGCCGCUUACAGCACAAGAAGAGGCGCUCGCGCUGCAACAGGGUCUCAAUUUGGGACUAGUACUAGAGACCACGCGGACGAACAAGCCCCCGCCACGGUAUUGGAUCGUCAGCGAUGCUUUUCGCUUCGUUGGCUAGGAGUGCAGGGACCUGAUUGCAAAGGCAGCAUGU